GAAUAUGCGAAAUCUGAAGCAUUACAUACAAUUACAUAAUUGUUAUUUGUUUAAUUAAAUCAAUGUGCUAUUGUAUUACAUUCAGUUAAUAGUUAUUAUAACAGCAAAAUGUUAAAGUUUGGUAUUAAAUCUGCUGUAUUAGGGUCAGCAGUAUAUUACACAGUGGACAAGGGUGUAUGGAAGGAUAGUGCUACUACUCAAGUUUUAUAUGAAGAAUUGGAAAAAGGAAUGUCACCCUAUGUUGGGGAAUUCAAAAAGAAAAUACCUGUUGAGUUACCUCCACUACCAUCAAAUGAUAGAAUAUCAUAUUUAUUUAAGUAUUAUUGGAACUGUGGCGUGAAAACAACAUUUGAAUUCCUUGUAGAACUUCCUACACACACAAGUAAUGCAGCAACAAUAGUAUAUAACAAAAUUUCUUCAGCACUAGACUCAACAGAGUCUACAAGCACCGAGAAACCUUAGACUUUAUAAGAAAAAGCUAAAUAAAAUUUUGUUGGAAUUAAAUUUGUAAAGAGCGCUUCUCAAAAAUGUUAUUCUAAAUGGAAAAUUUCAACUUGUUUUAUUUAACUUAAUAUUAAAUGCAGCAAAAAUUAUAAAUGU